UGCCGCAAGCGCCGCCCAGGCCGGGCUGCGAUUGCUGGUGACGUCAGUCUGCGCCCUGAGCCGUGACGUCAUGUCUCUCGUGCCGCAAGCGCCGCCCAGGCCGGGCUGCGAUUGCUGGUGACGUCAUCGCGCGGCUGGGGGACUCCGAAGGCCCCGGCCGCUCCGGCCGCCUAUAAAGGGGCCCGCUCCCUAUUCAGAGACACCAACAAAGAGACAGCGACACACAGACACACACUGAGACACACACUGAGACACACACUGAGACACACACUGAGACACACACUGAGACACACACUGAGACACACACUGAGACACACACAGACACCGAGACACACACAGAGACCACGGGUGGUCGCAGCCGGUCACCAAACAACAACAACAGACGCCGCCAUUCGCUUGCCAAGCGGCGGCGACUUCACCGCCGGGGGUCUCGUGCCAGGCUCGGUGCGCCUGAGAGCCUCACGCCAAGGCGGGACACGGGGCGGGCCGUGGGGGUCGGGCGCCGUCACGAGUAGGUCCGCCCGUGGCCUCGGGUGACCCCGUGGCCUCGGGUGACCCCGCGCCGCCGCCGCCGCGAGGUCGCCCCGCGCGAGUCCGGAGCGGAGCCGGCCCCGUCCGGCCGCGCUGAGACCGCUCGUGCUGGGGCCCGUCGCCGCUGGGCCGGUCGGGAACCAGCCCGGCCGCGCCUUCGACCCAACCGGCCGCCUCGGGGACGAUGCGGAGCCGCCACAUCGCCGAGUGGCGGCGGCGGCGAGAGAAGAGCGGAGGACGCUCGGAGGAGGAGGUCGAGCGGAGGAGAGCGGCGGCGGCAGCUGGUGGAGGAGGAGGAGGAGGAAGCCUCCUUCGCUGUACCUCGCGGCGUCUGAGGAAGAGGCGGACACGGGAGACGAGGAGGGCGCUUGGGGCGACCCUCGUGCCCCCGCCAUGGCCGAGCCGGUCACGCUGAACGUGGGCGGCACGGUGUACACCACGAGCCUGGACACGCUGACGCGCUUCCCCGACAGCAUGCUCGCCGCCAUGUUCAGCGGCAAGAUGCCCACGGCGCAGGACGCGCACGGCCGCUUCUUCAUCGACCGCGACGGGAAGAUCUUCCGUCACGUCCUCAACUUCCUGCGCACCUCACGCCUCGACCUGCCCGCCGGCUUCGGCGAGACGGAGCUGCUGAGGCGCGAGGCGGACUUCUACCAGAUCGGGCCUCUCGCGGACGCGCUGCGCGGACGCUCCGGGUCGCCGUGGGCCUCCGAGGGGGGCGGCCUCCUCGGGGGGGGCCCCGGCCGCGGCAACGCGCUGCUGCACGUGGACACGGCGCGCCGCGCGCUCAGCGUGCACUACACGGUGCGCGAGGCGCCGCAGGUCUACACGCUGGUGGCGCGCAGCCUCGAGGUCUUCACCACCAACAUCUUCUGCACGGCGCCCACCUUCUUCAAGGUGCUGCGCGCCCACCUGCGCGUGUGCGCUCGCGUCGGCACCGGCGGCGACGACGACGACGACGAGGAGGAGGACGGUGCCGACGACGACGACGAGGAGGAGGAGGACGACGGUGACGAGGGCGGUGGCCGACGCGUGACGAUCGACGGGGCCGCGUCGCGGAGUGACGACGCCACCGCCGCCCCCUCGUCCACCGCCGCCACGUCCUCCACCACCGCCACGUCCUCGUCGUCCUCCUCCGUCAAGUCGGAGCGCGGCUCCGCGCCCCCGCGGCGCUACCACAUGCGCCUCCAGUGGGUGUCCCCGGGGGACACGAGGGGGCUGCCCGCGCGGGAGUUCUCGCGCCUGGGCCUCGCCAGGCUGCGCAGCACGGCGGGCGGCGGCCCCCCGCGCCCCGUGGACAGCGUCCGCGCCCUCACCGAGGAGGUGAUGCAGCUGGCGCUGCGGGCCGGCUUCUGCCUGGACGCCGCCUUCCCGGAGCCCGCGGACCUCCUCAACAGCACCACGCUCAGAUUCGUGCGCUACUGCUGAUGGGUGUGCAGGUGGUCGUGGCUUCGGUCGCGACCCUGACGCGCGAUGCCUCUUGUUGUUGUUGUUGUGCGUUUCGAGUUUGCGUGUUCUGCCUCGCUCCCUCGCUCCUCGCUCUCGAUCCACGUGGUCGCGGAAAUCGGUCAGGUGGAGCUCCAAUAUUUAAUUUGUCUCGCACGGUCGCACCUUAGGCGAUUAUAUGUCGCGGCUUAUCUUGCCUAAUCACAUUAUCAUCACACACAGGUUGUUGUUCUUUUACACUGUUGUUGAAACCAUCUCAUGGCGGUCGUCAAGGGGGCCAAGGCACCCCCCACGCUCGUUCCGCUACUGGCUGGAACAGGAGGUCGUGGGUUCGAUCCCCACCCUGACGAUGCCUGCUGUAUAUUUGGAGUUUGCGUGUCUCUCUCUCUCCCCGUGGUCGCGUGGAUUUUUCUCCGGGUCUCCCGGGUUUUCCUCGCCACAUUCGGAAUCGACAUAACGCGUUUCGAGUGUCUGCUACAUAUUUCCAUGCAAUAGGCCACGUGGUUGAACUAUCAAUGUGUGAGAGCAGGUUGCUGCUGAAAACAGCUGUAUAGCUCGGUGGGCCUUACCUGGUAACAUACAAAUAGAUUUUAAUAGUUUAAUAGAGUGCGUGCGUCCGACUGCCUUGAGCCAUGUCCCGGGCCUCCCCUAGGUCGACUGGGCUAGAAAUUGGUACCUGGUGCUGCGGUGUGUAAACAUCGCCACUGGGGAGACAAAGGUGGCCGGGCGUGGUUCUGCUUCCCACCCACACCCUCGUGUGCCGUGCCGGCCUUCAUAGGUGCUGCUCGUUAACAGCAUUUGCCCCGACAGUCGAAGGUUACACGGGGAGGUCCGUCUUUGACGACAUACACAGGCUCGGCUCAAGCGGUCCACUCGCGGGUUAUUCAUCGAUUCGUAGAUGAACUGUAACCACAGAUGUGUAUCUCUCCUCUUUUCGCGAUGUGUACCAGACGUGGUAGUAGAGGAUGUGUACCACACGUGGUAGUACAGGAUGUUAAGGUUUACGCGUGAACUUCUGUAAACCCAUUAGCGGGCUGCUAUGUUCAGCUCUUUUUGAAACGAAAUAUAAUUGACUAUUUAAAUCGGAGGGUGUGUGUGUUUGUGGCUAAGUUGUGAUUAUACACGCGGUGUAAUUCACACGCUCAUCCGCUGGGCAUUUACGCGCAUCACCACCACGACCCGAAGCGGGUGUUGUGACAAUCGUUGCCAUGGUCUAGCUAGCAUAGCAUUUAAUAUAAUGGGAUAGAUAAGGGCGCAGCCCUGAUUUACUUGCUCUCACGACUGCUGGCAGAAGGACUUCUUACUCGCAGAAGCUCCUCCAGCUGGUAUUUGGUCUACUCUUCCACAUUGGCCAGUUACGUCUUCGCAGAGGUGUGAGUUGCCUCCACUUUACCCCCCCCCCCCGCCCCCACAAACGAAACCUGCCAACGGACGGACAAUUGCUGAGAGGGAUUCAAGAGGCGAAAUCCACAUUGUCUCCAGUGCCGCGCCGGGAGAUCGGAUGGAAUCGAACCGGCGGCUCCUGGAUUGCGAAGAACGGUGAAGCUGAUCCCUAACUCCACAGCAGAAGCGGGUUCCUGCAAUAACCACCGCCAUCGUGAUGUCGUUUAUUUAUCCAGACUCGCCUAGCCUAAAGACCCUGACAUGGAGUGACAUUGGCUACUCCACACAUGUCUGGGACGAUGCCGCAUCUCAAGCAAAAACGGGGGGGGGGACGUGUGGUUUUUAGUUUGAGUGUGGGGGGAGGACUUGCCACACCUUCGAGAGGGAAAUCACGUCAUUCCGAAGCCCAAGGGACCAACUUCAAACUCUACAAAACUCGAGUUGGCAAAACAACAUUGCUGCUGUCACUUACUGCAUGCAGGUGCCGUAGCGAGGGGCAGGGUGGGAAGGGAAGAGCGGCCGCCCGCCUGCCCCUGGGGACGCUGCGGUAACGAUGAAAUCGGACCGACGGAAUCAUCGAUCUUUGCUGAUAUUAGCCAAUCAAAUAAAGGUCGUGUCGCAUCAUUACUCGGUCGAUGGAUCGAUUGCCAAUGAAUUGACAACAGUGAUUAACCCGUAAAUUGAUUAACCCGUAAAUUAAGAUUAACCCUGAAUCGACUGAAGUGGGACUCGAUUCAAUUAAUCUCGAUCAACGAAUCCGCGUGGGCAAACCUCCGAUCGGUGAUCUUGUGUUGUACGAUUUCAUCGCCCCUCGCCGUUCGCGAACUCGGUGGACCAAACAAAGCGAGCCGUGGCAGGGUGGUGGUUCUCGUAUAAAAAAAAAACAUUUUGGAGGCGGCGGUGCCGGCCCCUCGGCAGUACCCGAAAGCUCAACAGCUGCGCGAACUGGCGUGGGGAUAGGCGCCACGGCAGCACCCUAAGCCGCCCAGUGGUUCUUCUUAACCUGGUGGUGUGAGAUGCCCUUUCUGGGGAUCGCGAGACGUGGGCAGGUUUUUUUUUAAAGAAGGUCAAUAAUCGAAAACACAAAUUCAGCACGGGACACGUACUUUGUUUCAUCAAACCCUAUGUAUUUAUUAACAUCGCACAUGUUUUAACGAUUGAGAACAAAAUGUGUGCAGGCUGCAGUAAAGGUUAAGAACCGCUGCCUUAAGCUCCCCGAGUCGAUGUUGUUUUGUGUUCUAAGAGGUUGUGUGUGUGUGUAGA